AUGAAGAUGGACGCAAGGAUUUUGAUCCUCAGUGCCCUAUACAUAGUAACUGAAGUUACUUCAAACGACAUAAGAUUAGGACUCGUUGCUCCGAGCUCAAGGAAAAUUUAUGGUGAAAUAAAAGGAGCAGACCCAGCUCUCUGGAAAAGGACAGAUGACGUCAUAAUUAAUACGCCACACAACGAGAUCAUUAGUGCCGUCUUUGUCACUGAUUUGCGAGAUGACAAAGAUGGAGAAGCAUUCAUCGAAAGUGGCGGAGUUGGGGAGAAAAGUGUGACCAUUGGCCUGAAAAGUCCUAGUAUUUUGAGGGGUUACAAAUUUGAAAUUGAGGUGUAUGGUAGUGAUCCCAGUGCCCAGUUUUAUAGUAAGGGUGGUUUUGCGCCUUACAGUGGGGGCGUAUUGUACCCCAGAAAGUAUUAA